AUGAGCAGAAAUAGGAAGCUUGGUCUAACACCAAUGAAUACGCUGUCUACCCAAACAGACCCAACAAAAGCGCCUACAAGACAUACAGGCGAUCGAUACCAGCUGGAGAGGCAAAAAAACAUUAGUAGCAGUGAACCAGCUGUUUUAGAUAUCUCAGAAUUUCCAGGUUAUGUUCCUCCGUCAAAAAGACUUAAGUCCUCCCAGACUUCUAAGUUUACGACGCUUAGUGCUUCAGAAUCACAUAUAGGAAGUGGUAUGUUGCUUCCGCGCGUAGAAGAAACGGAUAUAUUGGAAGGCUAUAUUGAGGUCAUAGAUGAAAGUGGUGAAUUUCAGCUGGUAGAUGAGGCCAUUGUAGAAGUAGUAAGCGACAAUGAGCUGAGUGUGUACCGUGGUAGGAAGGAAAAUAUGAAAGAGGAAGAGCGAUUCCUGGAUUUAAAUAUAGCAAGAGAUGUACAUGUAUUCUACUUUGACAUGCACACCACAUGUAUGGGUAUUCAAUUACACAAUACGGUUUCAAUAAACUGUAGGGGGAGAUCUAUUCCGGUAUUAAUGAUACUUUGGGGGAGCAAAGAAGAUAAGUCGGAUGCGAAGUUAAUUGAUAUUUCGAAGAAUGUGAUGAAAACAGGUAUACAUGUGAACGAUAUGAGUUCUAAGGAUGAGAUUAUGGAUGCCAUGAAAAUGUCCUAUAAGUCAACAUCCUCGAUAACUAAGCACAAAAGAAUAAACCUUUUGGAAAAAGCGCUGACAUCUCUCAAUAGUACGAGUACAUUAAAGAAGAGAUAUGGUAAAUCGGGCCAAGUAAUAAACCUACCGGCGCGAUCUGUUCCUAUUGAAUCUUCUGAUAGUGAUAGCUCUCCUGGUAGAAAUAAAAUCUCGUCGAAAACAUUUUACGGGACUGAUAAAUCAUCUCCGUCCAAACGGGUCCUGUCGGACUAUUCUUAUUCAAAUCUAAGAAAGUCUACGAGGGUGUUGGUACCGGGGCCAAAAAGAGCAUAUACAUUAGAUGAUACAGAUGAAGAACUGGAAACUCCCAAAGCAUUUAAACCCGCAUUGCAUUACGUUUUUUGUGACGGUUCAAAGUAUUCAGUUAAUAAUCAAGACUUCAAAUGUCUUUAUAACCAUGAUUGGAUUAACGACACCAUUUUGGAUUUUUUUCUGAAAUACUACAUGGAAGAAUCGAUUCUUGCAAGAAGGUUCUCCGAAGAUGAUAUAUGUGUUUUGUCAUCUUUCUUUUACACGAAGCUUGUAAGCAACUUGGAAAGUUGCUAUGAAAACGUAAAAAAAUGGGUUGCGAACUCAAACCUUAUGGAGGCUAGAUAUGUGAUUAUACCUAUUAAUGUUAAUUUCCACUGGUUUGGAUGUAUUAUUACUAAUUUACGGGAAGUCCUGAGGUUGUUCAGGGAGGGGCAACUUAACAACUGGGAAGCGGAAACUGGUAAAGACUGGACUUUAAAUGAAGAGAAGAAAAGUUCCUACCCUACGAUAUACAUUUUGGUCUAUGAUUCUCUGCGACAAACGCAUUCCCGCGAAGUUGAUCCUAUUAAGGUUUUCUUGAUAGAUUACGUUAAAGAUAAAUAUGGAUUUGAGAUACCACGGGCUCUGAUAAGGAUGAAGAUGUGUACAGUUCCUCAACAACCUAAUAUGAGUGAUUGCGGCGUCCAUGUAAUUUUAAAUACUAGGAAAUUCCUAGAAGACCCUAAAAAAACCAUACAAUAUUGGUUUCUAAAACCUAACCAUGCAAUUGUGAGGGAGAUAAAUCUUUAUUUUGAGAAGAAGAAACGUAAAACUGCGAGAAAAGACCUUCGGGAUGUCCUUUGGAAGUUACAGAAACAGCAAAUUGAUAUCCAAGGGAAUGUUGAUGAACCCGAGUCAUAUUCAGGUGACGAGGGAAACCAUAGCGACAUUGAGAUUAUUGAGAAAUCUGAUAUGGCUCCUAAAGAAAAUAACAGACAAUCCUCUCCUCAAAAUGAAAUCAGUCAUGAGGCUAAUGCCUCUAACGGUCAUGCUUUGCUUCCAACUACAAAUGUAGACCAGUCACCUACUUUACACGCUAGUGGUGAGGGUAAACAUUUUCUCACAGGUUCAGUUGACGCAUCGCCAGACGCAACUAUUCAUACUAAAGCAUUAGACAAUAACCAUAUUGUUGCUAGCAUUGCACAAAAUAAAGGCAAAAAUGAGAGACGCCGCUGCCUAUUAAGCAGUCCUGAACGUGAACCAUUAGAUAGCAAGGAAUCAGGGAAAGAUCCUGUGAUAUUUAAGGUUGGUAAUACUCCGAAUGAUCAUGCUUCAGCUUCAAUGCAUACAGAGAGCCCUUCUAAAACAAAUAGCAUUUACCCAAUUAGGAUUAACAGCAUCGGUAUAUCCGAAAAUAAUGGUUCAACCAGCACCAUUACCCACCAGCGCGAACUGGGUAAUUUAAGUGGUAGUCCAGCGACAAAAUCGACAAAGUUAUCUUAUGCUGGCCUAAACUCAGGGUCUAAGACACCCCAGUGGCAGACGCGCCGCUAUACGGAUAAUAGCUCACCUGGUACAAAACACCUAGAGUUAGGACAAAAUUCAAAUGAAGACCUGGUUCUAUUAGGGAAUCGUGUAGAUUCUGCUAGGUUUCAGAAAUAUGAGGUAGAAAAUAAAUCAGCUCAGGUUUCGGUUCAGGUUUCGCCUCAUAUUUAUCAUGCUGCCAAUCAUCGCCACUCUUCAAGCGCGGGCGUGAAAACGCCCUCCUCCGUCGAUCGCAAUGAACCUCAUGAAAUUCGAAGCGAAGAUACUGACGAUUAUAACGGACCAGAUUCUAUUCUAAAUGAAACGGUACAUGAAACAUCCCCAUAUAGAUUGAGGGGCUCUGUUCGCAGCAGAAAGGCUGCAAAGGAAGCUAAUCCAGAAUUAAUAGAAGUCGAAGACCUAACGACUGACAAUUACAUUUUGACACCUGCGAAAAGAACUACAUAG